AUGAUACCUGCUUCUUUUUAUCCUACUCUAAGAACUUUGGUCAUUCAAACCUUGAAACAAGGUCCUACACCUCGUCAUGUUGGUUUUAUUAUGGAUGGUAAUCGUAGGUUUAGUCGUACGAAUGGAGUUCCAGUUGAAGAAGGUCAUAUGGCUGGAUUUGAAGCUUUAAAAAGAGUUUUGGAAUUAUUAUUGAGAUUAGAAGUACCCAAUGUAACAGUUUAUGCAUUUGCUAUAGAUAAUUUUAAUAGACCUGCACAUGAAGUUAGCAAAUUAAUGGACAUGGCUAGAACCAAAUUAAUCGAAAUUUGUGAAAGAGGUCAAUUAUUGGAUCGAUAUGGGAUUAGAGUAGUGGUGAUUGGUAGAAAAGAUCUUCUACCAGCUGAUAUUCAAAAUUCAGUAGCCAAAGUAGAAUCAAUGACAGCUCAUAACACACGUGGUUGUUUGAAUGUUGCAUUUCCUUAUUCUUCACAAGAAGAAAUGGCUACUGCCCUUUGUAGAACAGUACAAGAUUCAAUUUCACAAAACCAACCUACUUCAAUGAUUGAUAUUGAAACAAUAGGUAAACACAUAUACACAUCCCAUUCACCACCAUUAGAUAUCUUAGUACGAACUUCAGGUGUCCGAAGAUUAUCGGAUUUCUUACUUUGGCAAACUACAUUAGACACAAUGAAAACUUCUUCAAAGAUUGAAGCCUUAGGUCCUUCAGUUCAUUUUGUGGACAGAUAUUGGCCUGAUUUUGGAAUUUUAGAUGUUUUACCCAUCAUCUUGGGUUGGCAAGCUGAAGAGUUGUUCAAAAGAGGGAUGGGAUUUGCUUAA